AUGUCCAUCUCUGUACUCGACGCGCUUAUGAGCCAGUCUUUUGACUCGCCCCCAUGUCCCAUAACAACUCCUGCCAAAAGCCGAAAACGAAUCCAUUCGGACGACGGAUCUGACAAAGAGGACGAAGCAGAAGACGGCUUUCCCACUCCAGCAAAUCGCGAAGGGCAAACAUUGUUCAUGAUGCCCACCCCACUUGCAAAUGCAAAUAUUGUUACCUUUGCACGGCGCUAUGGUUUAUCAAAGCUUCUCAAGCAAGUGCAAAUGCAGGAGCUCCUCAAUUUUGUCAAGUGCACUCUUGAUGAACACUUUGUUAUGCUCUAUGUUGCAGCAAUGCAGACAUACAGCUGCUACAUCAUGCUCUCACCCAAGAUUAGGGGAUACAGGGAUGGAGUUGCCCAAAGACUUUUAUGGGCACGUACAGGGGUUGAGUUGCUUUUGCCCAAUUUAACUGAUUUUCCUGUCAUGCACACCAUCACACGCAACUUAUGUUGGGACAUUCCCAACACUGUUUACUCAAAUCCAGCAGCAACAGCCAAGCUCGACAAUCGUAUCUGCCAUCAUUUCACCCAGUUCUGGUCAACCAUAAAGAAAAAGCGUGCUGAGUAUGUUACGAGUUCGGGAAAAGACUUCUACAACAAGGUUGACAAGUGGCUCGCAAAAAUUCGCGAUACUUAUCCCAGUCCGGGCAUUGUCACAAGGUCAGUCCUUAACCACGACAUUGAGUCUCAUGGACACAAUAACCUCCACAUUGAAAUCCUUGCACCGGCGGACACUCAAACAGAUGAAACAGAACGUGUUGUGGAACACACAAUUGAGGGUUCCAAUGAGGCUGGCGUACCCCUUACAGAUGCCGCCCAGUCUGGCCCCUCGACAUCUUCAAACCAAUCACUACUGAGUGUUUCGAGCACCAUGGCAGAGAAUCCCCCCAGUGCUGCUAUUUACACUCUGUCCCUAUUUGUCGUCGCACUGCUCCCCAGCUUCCACUAUAUUUGGCUUGCAUUACUUCUCGCCCACUCUCUUACUCCCUUACCACCAUAUACCUCUAUUACAUGCUCUCAUAUCUCAUACCUCUACUUCUCUUAUAUCUCCAGAAUCAUACAUGUGGUUAAUUUCUGUUGUCUGUUCUUCACCACCUUUUUGGCCCUUGAUUCAGGCCAUUAUUUGGCGUGUGCACAUGCUGUCUUUGGAGGGUAUAUCGCCUGUACCACUACACUGUCACCAUCUGUAACCAUCAUUGCUGUUUUCUCCGUCUACCGCAACACUGGGAUUUCCCUAUUUUACCUGCACCUCUGCUUCUGA